GGCAACUCAGCGCCUGUCCAUCAGCACUUGAUGUUCAGUAAUCCGCAGGCUGCAAGCGGUGGCGAUUUUUUCGAUGGUAACGGUUUUCAAAACGACCUUGUGUCCCACAGUGGCUACCCGUCACAGCCUAGCGGCAACGCGUACAGCAACCCGCAGCUUGCCAAGAAUAAUGUAGCGAAGCAAGCGCUCUCCACGCUCGUGAACUUGGAAAACUUAGAUGUUUCCGCGAAGGAAGCACAGCAGAAGGCAAAAGAGGACGAAAUAGCAAAGUUUCAGGCUGCAGCUCCUAAGAAAUCGAUGGCACAGUUGGCCAAGGAGAGCUCACAGCUUCAUGCCGGAGUUUCGCUUCCUCUGGGUGGUCAUACGAUGUCUCCUCCCACUCAAUCAUUCCAAAAUCCAUAUGGAAUGGGAACUGCCAUGCCCUUCCCACCAGGACAGCAAGGGAUGAUGAUGACCUCAGGACAGGGAAUGAUGAUGAAUGCUGGUCAAGGAAUGAUGAUGAAUGCUGGUCCAGGAAUGGCCAGGAAUAAUUUCCCUCCCAACAACGGCUUUGGGAUGUACAAUAACAUUCAAUCUGGUCAGCAGAUGGGAGGAGGAAUGCCGGGAUUCGGGAACAACAACAUGAAUUUUCAGGGUUUUUCGAACAACCCAUUUUAAUAUCUCGUUUAAACAUGAUAAUGCAAACAAUCAGAAUUCUUGU